ACGAGCGUCCCAGCGGGCAGAGGCCGGGGAGUGAGGGGGGAGGAAACCCGGUACCCGGGCGGCUGGGAGGAGGCGAGAAGAGCGCGGGGCGAGGGGGCGCACGGGAAGCCCAAAGCCCUCGGCUGGUGGACGGAGUUGCAAGGUCUUCGAGACCGGAGCGCACGGGCGUGCGAAGAGGAAAAACUUGGGCAGGAACUUCCUACCGAGGGAAAGAAAAGCAGGAGAGAAGGAGGCAGGGAGAGACUUGAAAUGUCUCAGUAACUUUAAAAACACACCAAAACACCCCUUGCAAGAGAUGAGGAUGGCAUGCCGCUAUAAAUUCAUUGUUCCACCUCCUCGCAUCUUCACAGCGCUCGCGCUGCUCUCGGCGCUCGCAGCGGCCGACUGGGGAUGACCGCGGGCAGGAAGACACUGCAUCCGAAGGAGCACGGACGCGCCGCUUCACUGGCUCCCCGCGGGCCGCCCCUUGCACUUUUUGUUUUAAUUUUAUGGCUUUUUUUCUCUCUUUCUUCCCUUCCUCCUGGUUCCAGUAGAGUCAAGGAAACCCACAAAAUAAGAAAGGAAGUGGGCUCCAGAGCUUGGAACCCCCGCCGCCGGCGGGUCCAGAGCAGCAAGGGGCGGGAGGCAGCGCGCACCGGUUGCCCGCCUGGUGCGCGGCACCAUCCUUACUUUUCUUCGUGCCGCGAUAGUGGUUGCACUUGGGGUUGGAUUUAGGUGGUGGUUGUUGUUGUUUUCCCCCUUUCCUCGUAUUUGCGGAACCUCCACAACCCGGCUUUUCUCUUCUUAAUUUUUUCCCCCUUUUUUUCCGGAGCACGAAUCCAAACAUUUUCCAAACCAACAAAGAAAAGUUCGCACGCUGGCACUGAGGCUGGGACAGGCUGGCACUGAGGCUGGGACAGGCUGGCGCUGCCGCCGGGUCCCCCUCCUUCCGACACUUGACUCAACCUUGCAAGCGUGUGUGUGCCCCCACCUCCCGCCCCGGUAACUUCCAUAGCGAAUAACAAAUACCCAUAAAGUCCCCGUCGCGCAGCCCCUCCCUGCGGGCAGCGCACUAUGCUGCUCGGGUGGGCGUCCCUGCUGCUGUGCGCGCUCCGCCUGCCCCAGGUCGCUGUCGGCCCCGCCGCGGCACCUGCCCAGGAUAAAGCCGGGCAGCCUUGGGCUGCUGCAGCGGCCGCCCAGCCCCGCCGGCGGCAGGGGGAGGAGGUGCAGGAGCGGGCCGAGCCUCCGGGCCACCCGCACCCCCUGGCGCCGCAGCGCAGGAGCAGCGGGCUGGUGCAGAACGUCGACCAGAUCUACUCCGGCGGCGGCAAGGUGGGCUACCUCGUCUACGCGGGCGGCCGGAGGUUCCUGCUGGACCUGGAGCGGGAUGGUUCGGUGGGCGCCGCCGGCUUUGUGCCUUCAGGAAGCGGGCCGAGGGCGACCCGGCGCCACGGGGACCACUGCUUCUACCGCGGUACGGUGGACGGCAGCCCACGCUCCCUGGCUGUCUUUGACCUCUGCGGUGGUCUCGACGGCUUCUUCGCGGUUAAGCACGCGCGCUACACCCUGAAGCCGCUGUUGCGCGGGCCCUGGGCCGGGGCCGGGGCCGAGGCCGAGGCCGGGCGAGUGUACGGGGAUGGGUCCUCGCGGAUCCUGCACGUCUAUACCCGCGAGGGCUUCAGCUUUGAGGCCUUGCCGCCGCGCACUAGCUGCGAGACUCCCGCGUCCCCGCCAGGGCCUCGCGAGCGCCCCCCGGCGCACAGCAGCGCAGACGGACGCUGGGCGCUGGCCCCGCAGUUCCUGGACCAGUCAGCUCCCUCCUCCGACGGGGGGCAGGGACCCCAGACGUGGUGGCGGCGGCGGCGCCGCUCCAUCUCCCGGGCCCGCCAGGUGGAGCUUCUCCUGGUGGCUGACGCGUCCAUGGCGCGCCUGUAUGGCCGGGGCCUGCAGCAUUACCUGCUGACCCUGGCCUCCAUCGCCAACAGGCUGUACAGCCAUGCCAGCAUCGAGAACCACAUCCGCCUGGCCGUGGUGAAGGUAGUGGUGCUGGGUGACAAGGACAAGAGCCUGGAGGUGAGCAAGAAUGCGGCCACCACGCUCAAGAACUUUUGCAAGUGGCAGCACCAGCACAACCAGCUGGGGGAUGACCAUGAGGAGCACUACGACGCGGCCAUCCUGUUUACGAGAGAGGAUUUAUGUGGGCAUCAUUCAUGUGACACCCUGGGAAUGGCAGACGUCGGGACCAUAUGUUCUCCGGAGCGCAGCUGUGCCGUGAUUGAAGAUGAUGGCCUCCAUGCAGCAUUCACCGUGGCUCACGAAAUUGGACAUCUCCUUGGCCUCUCCCAUGAUGAUUCCAAAUUCUGUGAAGAGAACUUUGGUUCCACAGAAGAUAAGCGCUUAAUGUCUUCCAUCCUAACCAGCAUCGAUGCAUCCAAGCCCUGGUCCAAGUGCACCUCAGCCACCAUCACAGAAUUCCUGGAUGAUGGCCACGGUAACUGUUUGCUGGAUCUACCACGCAAGCAGAUCCUGGGCCCCGAAGAACUGCCGGGACAGACGUACGACGCCACGCAGCAGUGCAACCUGACCUUUGGGCCCGAGUACUCCGUGUGCCCCGGCAUGGAUGUGUGCGCCCGCCUCUGGUGCGCCGUCGUGCGCCAGGGCCAGAUGGUGUGUCUCACCAAGAAGCUGCCAGCCGUGGAGGGGACACCAUGUGGGAAAGGGAGGAUCUGCCUGCAGGGCAAGUGUGUGGACAAAACCAAGAAAAAAUAUUAUUCGACAUCAAGCCAUGGCAGCUGGGGAUCCUGGGGGUCCUGGGGCCAGUGUUCUCGCUCAUGUGGGGGAGGAGUGCAGUUUGCCCAUCGGCACUGCAAUAACCCCGCACCCAGAAACAGUGGCCGCUACUGCACGGGGAAGAGGGCCAUCUACCGCUCCUGCAACGUCACGCCCUGCCCACCGAACGGUAAAUCUUUUCGUCACGAGCAGUGUGAGGCCAAAAACGGGUAUCAGUCUGACGCAAAAGGAGUCAAAACGUUUGUGGAAUGGGUUCCCAAAUAUGCAGGCGUCCUGCUGGGGGACGUGUGCAAACUGACCUGCAGAGCUAAGGGCACCGGAUACUAUGUGGUGUUUUCUCCAAAGGUGGCGGAUGGGACUGAAUGCAGGCCGUACAGUAACUCCGUGUGCGUCCGGGGCAAGUGCGUCCGCACUGGCUGUGACGGUGUCAUCGGCUCGAAGCUGCAGUAUGACAAGUGUGCCGUGUGUGGGGGGGACAACUCCAGUUGCACAAAGGUGGUCGGGACUUUCAGUAAAAAAAGUAAGGGUUACACUGACGUGGUGAGGAUCCCCGAAGGGGCAACCCACAUAAAAGUUCGACAGUUCAAAGCCAAAGACCAGACUCGAUUCACUGCCUACUUAGCCUUGAAGAAGAAAAACGGUGAGUACCUCAUCAAUGGGAAGUACAUGAUCUCCACCUCAGAAACCAUCAUCGACAUCAAUGGAACCGUCAUGAACUACAGCGGCUGGAGCCAUAGAGACGACUUCUUGCACGGGAUGGGCUACUCAGCCACGAAGGAAAUUCUCAUAGUGCAGAUUCUUGCAACCGAUCCAACUAAAGCGUUAGAUGUCCGUUACAGUUUUUUUGUUCCCAAGAAGUCCACCCCAAAAGUCAACUCUGUCACCGGCCACGGCAGCAAUAAAGUGGGCUCGCCCAGUCCACGGCUGCAGUGGGUGACGGGCCCGUGGCUUGCCUGUUCUCGAACCUGUGACAUGGGCUGGCACACCAGGACCGUGCAGUGCCAGGACGCCAACCGCAAGUUAGCGAAGGGAUGCCUUCUCUCUCAGAGGCCUUCCGCGUUUAAGCAAUGUUUACUCAAGAAAUGUUAGCCUGUGGUGAUGAGGUUCUGCAGAGAUAACUGGGCGUCUCAUCACGGAGCAGUCUUGGCCAAUGGGGGUGAUCCGUCGUGGUGAACGAGAGGUCUACCUAAAGCACAGAAAGUCACACCUCGAUGGCAUUGUCAACAGGAGUCUAAUUAUGGGCAGAAUCUGCUCUCGGUGACCAAAGGAAGAUGUACACUGUUCCGUGUGAACAGUGGUGACCUUGGAAUCUAAGAAACACUUGGGAGUUAUUGAACAUCCCCUGGGCUACAAGAAUGAAAAAACACUGAUGAAUGUAGAAUCAGGGGACAUUUGAAGAUGGCAGAACACCAGUCUCCCUUGUCACCUACCUCUUCUAGAAUGUCUUCAGAGGCAUCAUAAUCAUUAUCAUCCACAAUACACAGUAGCUUAUUUUUACUGUUUGUAAAUACAUUCUCCCUUGAUAAGUCACUUUAUAUCACUUGGUUCUAUUAAAAAUAUGUGUGUGUGUGUGUGUAUACAGAACACACACACACACACACACAUAUAUUUCUAUAAAAAAUGUUUGACCAAAGUAGGUCUGCAGCUAUUUCAACUUUUUCUAGUUUCCAGAAAGAGCUGUGGAUGUUUUACUGGAAAUGAAGAACUUGCUGCAGUUUUAAUAGGAUUUUGCAUACUUUCAGACUACAGGAGAUCAAAUUUUAGUCAAAAACCAUUUUUGACAGCAAGCAUCUUCUGAGAAAUUCUAAGAAGAAAAAGGAUCUCAGUGUAUCUAGUCAUUUAAAUACAUACACGGGUCCAUUUCCUUAAACUUUUGACUGCCUGCAUUUUUUCAGGCAGCCAGGCGAACUGAGGCAUAAUUAGGAUGUAGAAAUAGUGUUUGCGUGUGUGUAUGUUAUGAGUAUUCAAGAGUCUGAAAACUAGUUUCUCACCCUAAAAACUAGUUUCCUCAUGUUAGAAUUUAAAAGGAAAAAAAAAAGACCAUAUUUCACCAUAGUCUCGAUUUAUAUUCUCACACCACUUUCCCCGUUCGGAAGCUUUCAUCUGAUACCUUAUAUUGUCUAAUAUUCAUACGAAACACACUGCAGAGAGUUUUCUGUUCGCAUCCAAAACCUUCAACACUGGUAUACCUCUUACCAGCAAGCCUUUAAAAUGUGUUUGUUUUUGCUUGUCUGUCUAAGGGUUCUCUAAGACCUGCAAUGUUUUGUACUUCUUGUUGACUUAGUUUGAUAGGAGUAUUAAAGAUCACUUUGUAGUUGGCCACAUCUAGACGUGGUUAUCAUUAAUGUGGCUCAAGCAGAAAAAAAGUAGUGGUUAGUAUUAAUAAGACUGUUUCCACACCGUACAGGCAAUAAUUCUUUGCAUUUUCUUUUUAAAUCCAAGUAUACUGAUAGUGUACUUAAGAUUUUUCCCAAUUGGAAAGCAUUUGGUUGUACCCCUAAGUGUUUGAGUGAUGAAAUGUGAUGAUUUUUGAGAAGUUUGUUGCUUCUAUUUCCGUAGUCUGUCUAGGUAGGUUGUUAAGUUCGGUUAUUAGAUAUGGAAAAGUUUUACAAUCACAUGCAUAAAAAUCCUUUUUUAAACAGUAAACUGCACCCCUCCACCCCAUAGCUCAGAAAAUCCAAGGUGUUCAAUUUCAUUGGAAUUUUUUUCUUUAUGAAAUAUUACAAAGCCAACUGUUUGUUAUAAAAUUUUAUAAUAAUCGUACCAAAUGUGCCUACUCUUAAAGAUUUGCAUAUAAAGACGUUAGGGGACCAUUGUUUGAGUUCCCUUAAGCUCACAAGAGUUUAUUUUUAUUAGAAGAUAUUUUUAAUAUAAAAGAAUUAAUGUAAUUGAUCUAGCUAUAUCACAUUCAUUUCAGUGGGAGAGAAGAAUGGAUGUCUCACUGUUUUAAAUAUUUUCUUAGGAAAUUACUUGGUAAAACAGAUAAUUGUUCUACAAAACUGAUAAUCAUCCUUUGGCUUUUCAUAGACGGUCUUUCCUUUAGACGUGGUCAUUUAUUCUUUAAAGAAUUUUUUUUUUAUUUAUUCAUUUGAGACAGAGAGAUACAGAGAGAGAGAGAGUAGGAGCAGUGGGGAGAGGCAGAGGGAGAGGGAGACGUAGACUCCCCGCUGAGCAGGGAGCCUGAUGCGGGGCUCGAUCCCAGGACCCUGAGAUCAUGACCUGAGCCGAAGGCAGACGCUUAACGACUGAGCCACCCAGGCGCCCCAACGUGGUCAUUUAUUCUUAAUAAAUUAUUCAUUAGGGAAAUGAGGCCCAUAUAGAACUUUUGGCCUCCAUACAUUUGAUGGAGGUCACCAGAUAAAAGAGAGAGGGAAGGAAGCUAGUCAAAUCAGUCAGAAGAAAAAUUUUAAAUUACAUCAACUAUUUGACUAUUCCAAGAGAAUUAAUAGUGAGGCCGACAUUACUUUUUCCCAAUUUUUGAAAUAAUUUUAAUCAAUUCUGAUAAAGUUUAUUUUUAUCUUUUGUGGCUAUAUUCACAGCAACGUUAAGAAAUAACUGAAGGGCAAACAUGCUUGUCUCCUACUCUGCUCCUCUAUACCGUAUGCAUAGAGGUUUUUUAGCACGAACUAUCAUUAUUUUUCCCCCAUAUAAAGAAGUUUUAUACUUCUCAAUGAAACAACUCUAGAGAACUUAAAAGGAAUAAACCACUAUUCCAUGCUUUUAAGGAGUUUUCUUUAGUUUUUUCAUAUGAGUAUUGAUAGAUUGACUGAGGAAUGUAUGUCUAUCUAAACUCCUGAGAAAAACGAUAUAGACUAGAAACUGAAAUUCAGAGAAAUGGAGUGUUCAGUAGAUAUAAGGAAUGAUAAAGGGAAAAUCCUCCAUAAUGAAAUCUAGUUCAGUCCAGUUGAAUGUUGGACUAUUCAUUUCACCUUUCCAGACUUGCAUCGUGAAAAAAGAGUCUGCGAUUCAUGAUGCUGAGGCUCCUUCCUUAGGGAAAAAAAAAAAAAAAUUUUGUCUGAAAAUGCUCAGGUUAGUUAAGAAUCUAAUCCCACAAAACAAAACACUCCAGAUUAAGUUUCACUGAAUAAAGGGAGCCCAGAAGAAAACAGCAUUUCUUUCUUCUGGAACAGAAAAGGCCAAAUUAAGCCCUGCCUUGUUGUUUAAAGGUUUAAGGGUGUUAUUUUGAUCUAUUCAGUCAAUUCAACUUCCUUUGCCUUCCUGUGGAAACAGUUUUAUCCCAUUAAACUAAGAAUUAAGGGAUUUAUCACAAACAAAAAUAAAGUUGCAGCACUGAAAAAAAAAAGUAAUUUAUUGUUUUUGCGACUGGUAUGUGAAUUUGUGUGAUAAAAAUAUUUAUUCUUAUUUAACAAAAAUAUGUGCAAAUUCUAUAUUUAAAAUGUUUUGCUGUUGUCCUACUUUUAAUUUAUGCUUCAUGUUUGUGUAUAAAGUACACUUUGUGAGUUUACAUAAUAUACAACACUGGUUGCUUUCGUAUUUUUUUACAGAAGGCUUUCUGCGUGAAACAGGCAUAUAUGUAUAUGUUCUCCACGUAUCCUUAUUCUGAUAAUACACUUUUCCUUUCUAAGGAAGUUUUAAAUUUAAUCUUUCUUAACUAGUAGUGUUCAUUACUUGUAGUUACACUAAUCGGUCUUUUGGGUUUCAUUAAUACUAAUUCUUCCAAGUCACAGAUAAGAAAAACACUUAUUCAAGCAACUAAGGUCUAAGUUCCAAACUUGGUGUAGAUAGCUGGAAGCUUCCCAUAGAAGCUAAGACACAGUUGAGAAUCAGGUCCAUUCAUUUCACUGAUAAACCUGGACAAGGAGCUGUUGAUGUAUUAUAUGAAAUUUGUGUACACAUAACUUCCCAAGAGACACUGAUGAUAAUAAAACCAAAUAUUGUCCUUUGCUGCUUUAAAAACACUCUUUAAAAGUUAAAAUCAUUUAGUCUCUAGUAUUGGUAGGAUUCGAUAGGGAGAGUAAACAAAUUGAAUUUAAGUUUUUCAAAUAUUAGUAGUCAUGGGUAGUUCUACGGCUAUGGGGUCUCCAUUGAUAGAGUGUGACUUUGUACUCUACUAAUGAAUCUCAUGGAGUGCAAACAGGACUUGGGACAAGCAGGGACACCUUUGAUCACAUCAGCUUGCCUCUGACUAGGAUUUCAGUCUGGUCACAGCAAUAAAGCAAAGCACCCUUGGAUAUACAAUUGACCAGAUCAAUCUCUGGUUCUGACAUUUCCCCCCUUGACUCCUUCCUUAGUAACAAGGUCAUUGUAAUGGUUUAGGUGAGCACAACAACCAGAUUCAAUGAAGUCCAGAACCCGUGUAUGACUUAGAGUUCACUUUUUUUGUGAAAUAAGAUUGAAAUUAAUAAUGGCCGAAUUUUGCUAACAGUUUAUGGCUGAGGAUUGGGGACUAUUACUAAUCUAUUUAUAAUUAAACUUGAGGCGAUAAAAAUCCCUUAUAUUUUUAACAUUUCAAAGUUAAUAAAUGAAUAACCGUGAGUACAGAAAUGAUCAUCCAAAGUUAUAGAACCAAGGUCAGGGUCAAGGUAAUCUAUUACUUAGACACACAAAAAGGAACUCGUGUAUUUUCUCUAUCAUUUUUCUUAUUUGCCAACAACCUGUAGUUUUAGACUAUCAAACAGGUAGAUCAGUUUAGCUAAUUAGUCCACUGAAAAAAAAAAUCUUCCUAAUAAUCUCCCUGCCAGCAUGAACUAGAGAAAUACUUCUCAAGUUAUAGGAUCACGAAACGUAUCAGUCUAUAAUGUAUAAUUAUCUUCUAGUCCAUUAACAUAUGGGAACAUAUUGAAAUAAGAACCGAUUGCAUUAGUGAGACAAAAAUGCAAAUAUACAUGAUGUUCAGAUCACAAAAGUAUUCGAUCUGCCAAAUGUCUUUCUGGUGCAAUGAUACCAUAAUUCUCAAUGCAGAUUUUGUGGGGAAAAAAAAUAACAGAACAUGUUGUUAGAAGUUGUUGGUUUUAAAAGAGACCAAGACUGAAAUGUACAUAUUAGUUAACCCAGUUAAUUGCACCUUCUUAAUACAGUAGCACUUUAGCAGUAACUUGGCUACCUGUGGUUCUGAUCCUGGAGCUCCACCAACUGGUCCAUGUGGACUGUUGGAGGUCAAAUGAAAAACCAAAUGGCCCAUCAUCUUAAGGCAUGGCCACAUCAGAGUGAUCCAAAGUCUAACACUGUGAGGAAAACUGUGAUUUGUAAAUAAAGCAGCAUUCUUUUUUCUUUUUUCAUUUUCUUUUAGCACAUCCAAUGAACAACCGUAAUUUUUAUCAAGGUGCUAAUAUCUUCAGUGAUCAACUGUCAAGUGUGGGAUUUCUGAGUUACCAUUUUAUUCUGCAUGAUUUUUCAAUUUGCAAAAGAGAACUCAGUUUUGGGUCAAGGCAGGGCACAACUUGAUACUCCCUGUUUGGGAAGUUGCAUCGAAUGGUCAGUCUGCUCAGCAGGGUUCAAUGACAUAAGCUAUAGGUACAUCAAAGAUUUUUAAGGUGACAUCAAAACUUGACAAGCGUCAGGCUAGAGGAACAGACUUUCAGAGGAGUCAGGUUUCAUCACUUACUAAGCCCUCGGUGUUCCUUUCAAAUCUACCUUUCAAAAGAACUUGUUUGUUUCCUGUAUACAAACUUGUGUGUAUAUUUAGCCUGACUCUUUUUAGCUUUGCGAUAUUUUAUGUCCAUUGUAAACACUUGGCUACUACUUCUUGGUCUUUUCUUUAGCAAUCCACAGCAUAUUAGAAGCACUUCAACCCAGACUGAGUAUAGGAGAAUAGAAGAAUAGAAUAGGAGAUCAUGUGUGGGACUUUGUGAGACUAGACUUUGGAUUAAGAAAAAUACAUUGUCUCUGGAUGGUGUUUUUGGGUUACACACUCGGGCAUGACAUAAACAUAGGAGUUGACAAAUACUGCUUACAUUUUAGUAUGAUGUAUGAGCAGAAAUCAUACGCAUGCUUUGUAAAUAGACCGCAGGUAACUAAACAGAUUGCAGAAAUGUAUUUAAUUUGAUGUAACCAGUGGCACAAAUAUUUGAUUCCUAUAGUAGAGUCUGUGAGUAAAAACAGGUGAUCAACCUAAGUGGGUACAACUGCCAUUUUUAAAUCUUGAAACAUGUUUUCAAGGUAGAGUAAAAUAUUGAAGAUUGACAUGUUGUUGUAUAUAAGCAGUAAAAUGUAAACUGCUUACUAUCUUCAACUUUUCAGAAGUGAUGGUAUUUUUCCAUAAAUGUUAAUGCAGUUGAAAAACCAAAAUCUUGGGAAACUAAGACGGGUCUUGUUUAAAAUGUCUCUUCAGUUUUGGCAAAUUUUGAACCUGAAUCGACUAUUGAAAGCAUUACUGUGUCUUGUAGCCUGCAUUCCACGACAGCUCUGUUAUUCAGGAAAACUACUUGAACUGAGUCGUUUGGGACGUAUACUGUAAUAUUUUUCAUUGAGGAACAAUAUCCUAUUUUGUAAAGCAUUUCCCUAUGUGUGACUUUAAACUGUAAAAUUAAACAUUGGCUUUGUGGUUUCAGUGGGCAUAAUAAAUGUUAAUUGUAAACUAGGUUAAA